GCUCCUCCCCGGCCGUUGCGGCGCCGCCGCCAUGACCCAGGCCGAGCUGCGGCUCUGCUCGCUCCUGCUGCGGGAGCACUUCGGGGAGAUCGUGGAGAAAGUGGGGAGCUCGCUGCUGCGCACCGGGCCGCGGCCGCUGCGGCUGCUGGUGGGGGACACGGGGCUGCUCCCGGACCAGGUGAAGAAGGCUCUGUGUGUGCUGCUGCAGCACGGCCUGGCGCGUUUCCAGGCGCAGCCGCGCGGCCCCGUGGAGUACGAGGCGCAGGGCCCGCGCGUGCUGCGCCUGCUGCGCCGCCCGCGCUACAUCUACACGGCCAAGGCGCUCUACGGGGACCCGGGCGAGCUGCUGGUGGAGGAGCUGCUGCUGCACGGGCAACUGUCCAUGAGCUCCGUGGUGGCCAGGGUGGCUGAGCGCCUCAGCGACACCAUGGAAGACGGGAAGACCAUGGAUUACGCGGAGGUGUCCAACACCUUCGUGCGCCUGGCAGACACCCACUUCAUCCAGAGGUGCCCCGCGGCCCCCGAGGUGCCCCAGAACGCCAAGGUGCCGCCGGCCCCGGCCCUGGCCAUCGCUGACAAGGACAUGUACGUGGUGCCACGCAUCGGCCUCGCGGGGAAAGGGAAGAGGCGACACUCGUGCGACGAGGAAGAGGAGGGAGAGCACAAAGCCAAAAGGCAGAAGCAGGAGGGAGGAAGCUCCGAGGCUCCCCCAGAUGAUGGCAUUUACUGGCAGGUGAACCUGGAGCGUUUCCACCAGCACUUCCGUGACCAGGCUGUGGUCAGCGCCGUGGCCAGCCGCAUGGACCAGACCAGCAGCGAGGUGGUGCGGACGAUGCUGCGCAUGAGCGAGGUGACCACGGCCUCGGGGGCCCCCCACACCCAGCCCCUCUCCUCCAACGAGAUUUUCAGGUCUCUUCCAGCCGGGUACAACAUCGGGAAGCAGGUGCUGGAUCAGUACCUGGCGCUGCUGGCCGACGACCCGUUGGAGUUUGUGGGGAAGUCGGGGGACAGUGGAGGGGGCACCUACACUGUCAACCUGCACAAGGCCCUGGUGUCCCUGGCCACGGCCACGCUGGAGUCCAUCGUGGAGGAGAGGUUUGGCUCCCGCUGUGCCCGGAUCUUCCGGCUGCUCCUGCGCAAGAAGCACCUGGAGCAGAAGCAGGUGGAGGACUUUGCCAUGAUCCCAGCCAAGGAGGCCAAGGACAUGCUCUACAGGCUGCUCUCGGAGAACCUGGUCACCCUGCAGGAGAUCCCCAAGACUCCAGACCACGCUCCGUCGCGCACCUUUGCUUCCAGGGGAGAUGAUUCCCAGCUCUGGGAUGCCACAGAUUGCCCAAGUGAUGGGCAAUUGCAGUGUGACCUUGAGCUCGGAGCCAGCUUGUUACAAAGCUCCCAACAUGUCUGUGCCCCCAGGAUCGACGCCAGUGAGAACCAGGUGGAUGAGACCAUCUUUGUGCUGGAGUCGUUCAUCGAGAGCACCAUGAGGAGGCCGUGAGAGGAGAGGAGAGGAGAGGA